UGCCCAGGAUCCCAGCGUCGCCAAGUGACCCUAGUAGGGAGGCAAUACUAUUUAAUAUUUCUUACUGUAUGGUGACGACGGAUGUUGCUGGUGACCAAAGAAUUUAGAAUAGUAUAAAACUUAUAAACUAAACUAAAAAGACAACAAACAAACAGACUUUCACAUUUUAUUAAUUAAGAUUUUCUUAACUUCUCUUCAUUAUAAUAUUUUUUGUUUUAUUCUUUAAACUACUGAACUUUUUGGCUGUGAAAUAUUUAUCAUCUGUUAUUCAGAUGUCAACUAAAGAAGACUGACAAUUAUAAUUACGUAGAUACUUACUCUAAGAGACUGACAGAAGUAAAGUGUGACACUAUAUUUUGGCGUCAUAAUUAUUAUGUGCUAAGUGAAUAAAUUUUAACAAACCACCAAAAACAUACUAUGCGCCCCGUUUUUGUGUACAAAAAAUUUCCCCAAUACUUCAAAAAUGUAAAAAGAAUUGUUUGGUACAUAUAUUACACAUUUUAACAAAAUGUGUACCAACGAAGCUCUUGUCGAAAGUCUAGAAUGUUACAUGGAUGAAAUCCUCGAGAAUUUUCAAGACUUUGUUAAAAAAUCCUUGGUUUUAAUUACUGUAGCCAUUGGAAGUCUUGUUGGAAUCUUGUUAUACAUACUUAAAAGCGUUAAUCAUCGAGAAGUUACAGGGACUUCAGGGACGAACAUAAAUGAUCCCAAUGUCACAGGUUACAGCAAUAAUGCCACGACGUUUGAUAUUGAUCAAAAACCGUUUGGUUCUUGUACUCUCAGAAAUGAUCUAAAUCCUUUCAAAAAUGAUGUGGGUCCAUUAAACAAUUAUGCACCUUUAAAAAAUGAUAUUGGUUCUGUCACAAAUGAUAUGGAUUCUAACAGAACUGAUAUGAGUUCUAUCAGAAAUGAAGCAAAUACUGUUAGAAAUUAUGCAAGUAAUAUCAGAAAUGAUGCGAGCGCUGUAUCAAAUGAGAGCAGUUUACCAACAAAUGUUAGUGAAACUCCGAUGAACGGUACAAGAAGUGCAAGGAAAAGAUGCUGUAACCCAGGUUGUACAAAAUCUUCUUCCACGUCUCAAGAUUAUAUGACGAUUGGAAAAAAUCAAAAUGGAAACAAUGAUGUCGGAAUCUCCUGUCCUACGAAAUGUUCGCAGAGAUUCGGACGUCCUUCCGCUACUAGAGUCAGUAUUUCAAGUUUACCAAUAUGCCCCGCGUCGCUAUGUCGUUUGUCUAUAACAAAGAGCUGUUGCUCCUUAUGCUGUGAUGAAAGCCUUUAACUAAGAAAAUGACCGUCCCCUUAUAAAAGAUGUACAGUGGUACAAAUUAUGGCAUAUUAAAAAAAGGUGGGACAUAUAGGAAAUAAAUAGGAUUGAUUUAUAUCCUUUUGGUUUUUUGGCUGGUUCGGAGAUUAGACCGAGAACACAUAAAAAUGUAAUCUUUUAAGUAGACAUAAUUACAAUAAUAAUUUAUAAUUUCUUUAUAAGAAAAGAUAAGAAUGAAACUUAUUUCUUGUUAAAUAUUAAAAUGUCUUAAAAUAAAUUAAUGGACCUACGUUAUAUUGUUUUGUUAUAAAUUCAUGUGAUAUUUAG